UCACUGCAGCCGGACGGCGUCGCUCCAGGACCCGCUAGUCCCCGCAAUUACCGCUCCAGUCCCCGCAUUUACUGCUCCAGGAGCCCCUACUCCCGCUCCGCCAUGGCCGAGGAGCCGCUGCUCGUUCCCCCCGAGCUCUUCAGGGACGUCAAGUUCUACGUGGUGGGAGACAUCGACCCGCAGGUGGUGCAGCUGCUGAAGGCGGGGAAGGGGAAGGAAGUUUCCUACAACGCUCUGGCCUCCCACAUCAUCGCUGAGGACGGAGACAACCCAGAGGUGGGAGAGUCCCGGGAGGUGUUCGACCUGCCGGUGGUGAAGCCGUCCUGGGUGAUCCUGUCGGUGCGAUGUGGAGACCUGCUACCAGUUACCGGCUUCUCUCCGGAAUCUGGACAGAUCUUCUUCGGAGUGACGGCGUGUCUCCCUCGGCUUCCUGACGACCUCAACGCCCUGUGGGCGUACGUCACCUUCUACGGGGGCGAGUGUCAGCUGAACCUCAACAAGAAGGUCACGCACCUGGUGGUGAAGGAGCCCCGAGGGGCCAAGUUUGAUUGUGCGCUGAAACAUUCCAACAUCAAGAUCGUGACUCCAGACUGGAUCACCGACUCUGUUCGAGACAGAUGUCGUAAAGAUGAGAACCUCUACCACCCCAGACUGACCUACGUGGAGCCGGACGACGACAGCGACGACUCCUACGACAGCUUCAGCCCCCGCCGGUCCCGGGUUUCCAGCGGAGCGUCGUCCGGAGACGAGUCCAGCCCGCGGCGCCGGCCCGGGCCCAAGAGGCUGAACUCCGUGUCUCCGCCGUCGCCACGGAAACCGGAGCGGCGCAGCGAGAGAAUGUUCGACGACUCGGACGACGACUCGUCCACGGAGAAGGAGGGAACCAACCUGAACUGGACCCCGGCCGACGUGACGCCGGCCACGCCCGUGCCCGGGGCCGGGGCCCGGCGCAGGCCCGGCCCCGGGGGGGGCCCGGGGGGCCCGCCGGGCCUCAAGGACCCGGGGGGACCCAAGGGGCCCGGCCUCAUCAACCUGUGUGCUACCGGGCCCUCGGUACCGGGGGGAGGAAUCAUUCCUGCUGAGGCCCGGCCCGGAACCGCCAUCAGCCACGCCCCGCCGUCAGGUGUUCCGGUCCCAGAGGGAAUCCCCGGGUGGAGCCCCAACAUCAGAACCCUCCGGAACAUCACCAACAACAACGACAUGCAGCCGGCGCACCGGCCCGCCAACGUAGCACACAUCAUCCAGAAUCUAACGGCCAAUCAGGGCAAGCCUCUGGAGCAGCAGACCAAUCAGGGCCUGGCUCCGCCCCCCAACAGUAGCAACCCUCCCCAGUUCAACCCCAAGCUGGGGCAGCAGCCGCUCAGCGCCGAGCAGCAGCAGCAGCUGCUGCAGUCCCACCAGGCUGCUCAGCAGCACCAGCUGCAGCAGCAGCCGCAGCAGCAUCCCAUGAUGCACCUGCAGCAGCAGCAGCAGAUGAUGCAGCUGCAGCAGCAGCAGCAGUCGCAGGCUGCCCAGCAGCAGUUCCAGCAGCAGCAGCAGCAGCAGCAGCAGCAGUUCCUGCAGCAGCAGCAGAUGUUCUCCCAGCAGCAGCAGCAGCAGCAGCAGCAGCAGCAGCAGCCGCAUGCCUUCCCCCAGCAGCAGCAGCUGCGACCGCAGCAGCAGCAGCUGCUGCGUCCGGGACUCCAGCAGCUGCAGCAGCAGCAGGCGCUGCAGCAGCAGCUGCAGCAGUUCCAGCAGCAGCAGCGCAUGCAGAUGCUGCAGCAGCAGAACCAGCAGCAGCAGCAGCAGCAGCAGCAACAGCAGCAGCAGCAGCAGCUGCAGCACCACCAGCACCUGCAGCAGCAGCACUUCCUGCAGCAGCGGCAGCAGCACCUGCAGCAGCUGCAGAAGCAGCAGCAGCAGCAGCAGCAGCAGCACCUGCAGCACCAGAACCAGCAGCAGACCAACGUGGCUGCGCUGCAGCCGCAGGUGCAGCAAACCCCUCACAUCACCCAGCUGUUCGGACACGAGCCGGGACAAGAUGUUCCUCAGGACGGCUUCCUGCUCAGCUGUGUGUUUGCUGUGGCCGACUACCCGGAACAGAUGGCCGACAAGCAGCUGCUGGCCACCUGGAAGAGGGUGAUCCAGGCCUGUGGAGGCGUGGUGGAGCCCACGCUGAGCAGCCGCUGCACCCACCUGCUGUGUGAGAGUCAGGUCAGCAACAUGUAUGUGCAGGCCCUGCGGGAGGGGAAGCGCUGCGUCACGGCCCACUGGCUCAACACGGUGCUGAAGAAGAAGAAGAUGGUUCCUCCUCACCGGACGCUGCACCUGCCGUUCGCCUUCCCGCCGGGGGCCAAGCCCUGCUCCCAGCACAUCAUCUCUGUGACGGGGUUCGUGGACGCCGACCGGGACGACCUGAAGCUGAUGGUGUACCUGUCCGGGGCCCGGUACACCGGGUACCUGUGCCGCAGCAACACCGUGCUCAUCUGCAAGGAGCCGGGGGGGCUGAAGUACGAGAAGGCCCGGGAGUGGAAGAUUCCCUGCGUCAACGCCCAGUGGCUCUGCGACGUCCUGCUGGGGAACUUCGAGGCCUUGAGGCUGAUCCAGCACUCCAGAUACUCCACGUUCAGCCACCCAGAACCGCUGCAGCCCAACGCCCAGCUGGUCCAGAACCUGCUCGGUGCCUGGAGAACCCCGGUGAAGGUUUCUCCGGAGGCGCUAGCGGGUCUCCAGCUGCUCCAGAAGCAGAAGAACUCCGACUCCGCCAACUCUCCUGCCAGCAAGAAGGCCAGGCUGGAGGAAAUCACGUCCCCCAGUAAGAAGCUCCUCCCCCCAGACUCCGCCCCCCUGGUGAUGUUCACCGGCUUCGAGCCGCUGCAGGUGCAGCAGUUCACCAAGAGGCUCCAGGCUCUAGGGGGGGAACCGGCCGACAGCGUCUCCAGAGCGACUCACCUGGUGGCCGGGAAGGUGACGAGGACGCUGAAGUUCCUGACGGCCGUUUCUCUGGUGAAGCACAUCGUCUCCCCCGAGUGGCUGGAGGAAUCCUGGAGGAACCAGAGGUUCCUGGACGAGCAGAGCUUCAUCCUGAGAGACGCCGAGGCCGAGGUUCUGUUCUCCUUCAGCCUGGAGGAAUCUCUGAAGAGAGCUCACGGCACUGCACUGUUCAAGGGGAGGUUCUUCUACCUGACUCCAGGGAUCUGUCCCAACAUCAGCACCAUGAGAUCCAUCCUGGAAAGCGCUGGAGGGAAACUGUUAGCCAAACAGCCGUCGUACCGGAAGAUCAUGGAGCACAAGCAGAACAAGAAUCUUCCAGAGAUCGUCCUGAUUUCCUGCGACAACGACCUGCACCUUUGCAGAGAAUACUUCCUGAAGAACCUGGACGUCCACAACGCAGAGUUCAUCCUGACGGGAGUUCUGACCCAGAAACUGGACUACGAAUCAUAUAAGUUCACCUGAAGAUCCAGAAGAUCCUGAAGAACCUGAAGAUCCAGAACUUCUGCAGCAGCUGAUUCUGUUUUUAUUCCUGCAGCUUUUGUAGCGUUUGUUUCUAACUGUUGGACAAAAUAAUGUUAUUUUUCUUCCUGAAAUUAUGAAUAAAGUUUCCUGUUUAAA